CGGAAAUCAAGACAUUGACAAUUUGAUUAAGGCAACACAUAAUAAGCAAUUUAAAUAUAGAUUAGAGUGGAUCCCAUUCGAAGACUUUGUAGACUUAAAGCAAAUUGGAACUGGUGGUUUCAGUGAGGUCUAUACUGCUACAUGGACAAAAGGAACACUAAAGUGUGCUAAUAAAGGAUUUAACCGGAAUAAAAAUGCGAUAGUUGUGCUAAAGGUUCUUAAGGAUUCUUCUAACAUUAAUUCUGCAUUCUUAAAAGAGUUACAAAAUAUUGUUGAAAGUCAGCCUAAUUCCGCCAAACGUCAACUUGUUCAAUGUUAUGGAGUGUCACAAUAUCCAAAUACAAAUAAUCAUAUAUUUGUUAUGUCUUAUAUGUCUCAUGGAAGUUUGAAUGAAUAUUUAUCAAAUAAUUUUAAAAAUUUUACUUGGAAAAUGAAAAAAAUCAUUCUUCGGGGCAUUGUUACUGGCAUUAAAUGGAUUCAUGAAAAUAAAAUCAUACACCGCGAUAUACACGAUGGAAAUAUAUUAAUAAAUAAAGAGACAUAUUGGAAUGUCGAUAAAAUUUCCAUAGAAGCCGAUAAUGAACGGCAAGAAUUGCUUAAGCAUGGGAAGUUCGUUGCCAAAUACAUGCAUCCCCAUUCUAAAACCCAUAGCAUAUUGUUAAAUCCUAUUGUAUCUAUACUUCCAAGUUUCAAAUUUUCUACGUCAGACUCUUUAAAUUCUUUUCAAAAUAUUAGCAAUGAUUCAUUAUUCAUUCCUGAGCUUUUUAAAAAUGGUAACAAUCUAAAUUCAACAUUAAACCCGCCAACUUCGAUAAAACACACAAUCGAAUUUUUAUCAAAUAAAGAGGAUUAUAAUGAAAUCAAACGAAGAAAACUGUUUAAUAAUGCUAAGUUAUGA